CUACGCGGGAAAUUUCACAAACAGGAAGUUAAGCAGAAUAAAGUUUUAUUUCCAUGGCAACGGCGGCAUGGCAGAAAUGUUAAUGCGUGUUUUCAGACAUUACAGCGGGGCAGGGGAAGUGACCAGUGCUAGCGACGCGAAUUACCCUUCUCUUUCUCCUAAUAAUAAUAAUAAUAAUAUUGAUAACAACAACAAAAACAAGUCUAGCCAUUGCGUUGUCCUGGGAGAGGCUGGCUGCGGUAAGACGGCGUUGCUUUUCCUGUCCGCCGUGAUGGCCGCUUCUGAAUUCGGAGUCCGGGUUGUGUUCCUGUCCCGGACCCCGAUCCACACCCUGCCCGCCCCUCUGCAAGGCGCCCGGGCCGGCGUCGACCUCCUCAGCCUCAAGAAAAUCCAAUUCAAGUACCCCAGGUCAGCUGUGGAUCUCUUGCGCGACGUUGCUUCCCUGCACGAAAAUGACAAGACUCUCCCGUCGCUGAUCGUAAUCGACGGGCUGGAUCAGUACCUCCGCAGCGCGGGAGACCACAGCCAGCAGAGUCUGAUAGCAGCGCGUCUCUCUGCCCUGCUGGCAGACACGGCCAGCUUCGUGAGCCAGAAGCUAACGUCUGCACGCAGCGAUGGAGGCAGCGGCAACGCCCCACAAGAAUGCCAGGUGAUCAUCUCGCUCAAUUCAGAGGCUGGCGAUGAGAGCCCAGCAAGGGGCCAGGCUCUGUCAGUCAUAGAGAGGUAUUUCUCAGCCAAGUGCUUGUUAGAAAGAGAGCCUGAGUUCGGGGACACGGCGUGGAGGGUUCGUUUUUCCGGGGCGCAGCAGAGUUCAUGCGAUCUGGGAAUGGGAUGGAGGUUGAUGUAUUCCCAAAGCGGAGCGAUGGAGUUCCACGCUGUGCCCGGGGAAAACUCUCAAACCCCGGGGAAUUCAACAACAGCUCCUGAAUAGAAGGGACUGUGUUUCGCUGAAUGACGCAGUCAGUGGCAUAGCUACAAUUUUGUUGUAAUGUUUGGGUUUUUUUUGUAUGCAAUUAUAUAUAUAUAUAUUAUAGCUACUGUGACUUGAAAAACGUAUCAUACAAGACAACAUACAACUGAAAACAUGCAUGUGCAUUUAAUUAUAGUACUAUAAUAAAUGCAUUUUUUUAUUAAAUAA